CAUUAGGGAUCCGUUGGGUGGGCACAAGCAGGUUGGCAACUCGCGCUGCUCCUCAACCUGUAAAACCUACUUUGUCUGACCUUGCCUGUGGGUGAAGCAGUUUCCACAUCAUGCUGAGAAAGAUAGUGGCAUUGUUGUUGCUCAUUAGUGUGGGUGGACAUGGCGAUUCAGAAGAAACUUGUGACGUGAGCCAGAGGGAGAAAUGUAGUGAAGAGACAGAUGAGAGGAUCACCAGGUACAGCAAAGAUGCCAAUGAGAAAUGGGUUCAUUAUAUUGCAAAGAUAGAUGAGGCAGUGUCAGCAUACAAGCCAUGUGCACCUGAGAAAUGUUCCUGUCAUUAUCAUUUAAUAAAAAAAGAUCUUUCUGUGUUUAAUGAUGGAAUUACCAAAGAGACACUCCAGUCUGCCAGAGAAAGGGGAACAUUUUACCAAAUCAUCGACCACAAACUGUACAGACAGAGAGACUGUAUGUUCCCAAGCCGGUGCAGUGGUAUUGAACACUUCAUCUUAAAGGUGAUUGACAAGUUACCUGACAUGGAGAUGGUGAUCAACACCCGAGACUGGCCACAGGCUCCUCAGUCUUAUGGAAUGAAGAUGCCAGUGUUCUCCUUUAGUAAGACUGAAGAGUACAUGGACAUAACCUACCCAGCCUGGACAUUUUGGGAGGGUGGUCCAGCUAUCUCUCUCUACCCAACAGGGUUGGGCCGGUGGGAUCUCCAUCGUGCAUCCCUUGCUGCUGCUUCCAAGAAAUGGCAAUGGCAAAUUAAGAAGACUCAGGCAUUUUUCAGAGGAUCACGUACCAGCUCUGAGAGGGACCCUUUGGUUUACCUUUCUCGGGACUCUCCUCAUCUUGUUGAUGCUCAGUAUACAAAAAACCAAGCUUGGAAGUCAGAUGCUGACACACUGUAUGCUCCACCUGCUAGUGAAGUGUCCUUAGAGGAUCAUUGCCAGUACAAGUAUCUCUUCAACUACCGGGGAGUGGCAGCAAGCUUCAGGUUCAAGCACUUGUUUUUAUGUGGCUCACUAGUGUUUCACUCUGAAGACAAAUGGAUUGAGUUCUUUUAUCCCAGAAUGAAGCCAUGGGUCCACUACAUUCCUGUCAGAACUGGUGCCUCUAAAAAUGAAAUAAGGGAACUUCUUCAGUUUGCCCAAGAGAAUGAUCCUGUUGUUUCCCAAAUUGCUGAGAGAGGUCAGAACUUCAUCAAGAACCAUCUAAGGAUGAAAGAUGUGCUAUGCUACUGGAAGAAACUGCUUGUUUCAUAUGCCAGCCUGCUGAGUUACCAACCACUUAGGGAGAAUGGACUGGUUGAAAUUACAAAGAAGUUUACUUGAGGAAGUGAAAAUGUAUCAGGCACUUCUGAAAUUAUCAGCUUUUUCACUUUUUUAAAGUUAUGUUUGUUAAUGUUGCAUUUGUCAGGAGCAUUGAUCUGUGGUUAUUAGGAUAAUGAAACUACAAAUCUUCAAAUUUGCUUCGAGAUUGAAUUGUCACUCAUUUAUAUUGUAUUUAUUUAUAUCAUAUUAUAUGUUAUAUUGACUGCAAAUCCUGUUAAGCUAUCAAAAUAGACCCAUUCAUGAGACAUGAAUGUUGACUUUGGAGUAGACAAAUUAUACAGACAUUCCUCUGACUUAUGAACAUACAGAAAUACAAACAAGAAUCCCUGCAAUUCCAAAUUCUGUUUCUGCAAGUCCAAAUUUUGCAGGUUCUAAUUUGCUACACACCUCCACUGGAUAGUGCCACUUGGCCACUAUCCAUGUUGGGCAGCCAGAUGUAUUGCAGGAAUUAGCUGAGUGGAGGAUACUGUUUGUUUUUCUUCAGCAGAAAUUGCCAUUCCAAAGGCCUGGCCACAUAUUCAUAAAGAUUCUUAAGUAGAUGGAUUAUGCUUAAUGCAAAAGUUAUGUUUAGUUUUGUACUCAACUUCCCAAACUGUGCUUAAGUGUAACCACAAAGUUAAGCACAGUUGAGGUAUACUUAACUUUGUGCUUAACUUAAGAAGCAAGAUGGCCAACUGUCAAGAAGCCUGAGCCUACCAUCUCAAGAAUUAUGAGCCCCAUAAGUAUGUUCUCAGUGAGCUGUUGAAAAUGUAUAGAUUAAAUUGGCAAGUUUUAUUUGUGACAUUUGCUGGGAGAUACCUUGGAGAACUGUACAGAAAGGUGUGAUGCAUUGAUGUCAGAAAUUAAAGUAAUAAUCACACUGUAUUAUUUAGCCAAUAGAAAAAUGCAGUUCUGCAAGCAGUGAUGA